UCAUUUGUGUCCAAGGUCCGCGUUAUCUUGUGCGAUUAGUUUCCCUGCAAUGACUAAUCCAUUUAUCUUGAUCAACUGAUACACCUACGCCAAAUUUAGAUAUUUUGAACGGAGACGUCAACUGCACUCUUCUCCUUCAACACAAUAUUUUCACCAUGGCCCUGGUCCAGUCCCUUUCAAGACACUCCGCUAAAGCCCUAAGGGCCAGAUGGAGGCUAUCUCAGACUCUGCACAUCUCUUACCUGCCUCUGGGGGGUGCCAUUCACAACAGCCAGCCCUCUACCAACCCUACAGCCAGACUUCCUUGUCUAAAAGCCUUUCACCUCAGCACAGCGUCAUCCAGCCCUGACCCUAACAAGCCCAAAUCAGUGUUGUCCUCCAGCCUCGAGGUGGAGCUGUUUGAGAUGGGGAUGUGGUCUCUGGGUCUGGGGACCUUAGGAGUUGCCAUCGUUGGAAUCUUCCUGGCCAACACUGACUUGUGUCUGACCAAGGCUGCCCAGGCCUCGCUGGAGUACCUGGAGGACGCAGACCUCCGCUCCACUGGAGACGAUGAGAACACCAUAAAGGCCAAAGCUCUGUGGGAGAAGACGGGAGCAGUAGUCAUGGCUGUACGACGGCCCGGAUGAUUUUUGUGCAGAGAGGAAGCUUCCGAGCUGUCCUCUCUGAAGACCCAGCUUGAGGAUCUCGGGGUCCCUCUAGUUGCCGUGGUGAAGGAGAACAUCGGCACGGAGAUCCAGGACUUCCGACCACACUUCGCUGGGGACAUCUAUGUAGACGAGAAGCACCACUUCUAUGGCCCACUCCAGAGGAAGAUGGGGGGGCUGGGCUUCAUCCGUCUGGGGGUGUGGCAGAACUUUAUGCGGGCCUGGAAGGCCGGUUACCAUGGCAACAUGUUGGGGGAGGGCUUCGUCCUGGGAGGCGUGUUUGUCAUCGGAGCGGGGAACCAGGGAAUUCUUCUGGAGCACAGGGAGGAGGAGUUUGGCAACAAAGUGGAGAAUGAAGAUGUUUUGCAGGCUGUCAAGAGAAUUGUUCCAGUGCAAUAAUGGUUAGUUUUGUGUUCACGAACUUAGUAGCAUUCGACCAAUGCUGAUAGAGGCCUCUGUUUCAUUCACAACAUAACUUUAUCCCAACAACAAGUGUUUUUGAGUUGUGUAUGACAUUUAAACUUGAAACAGGCAUUUUUCAUAUCUGUAGUUCUCCUGCACCAACCUUAUGAUUUCUAUUAUUGCUAGCUCCGCUCAUCAGAACGUGUCUCUUCCUCAAUAACAAUUAUUUUUACCUUUUUUAUUUUACUAGGCAAGUCAGUUAAGAACAAAUUAUUAUUUUCAAUGACGGCCUAGGAACAGUGGGUUAACUGCCUGUUCAGGGGCAGAAUGACAGAUUUGUACCUUGUCAGCUCUGGGAUUUGAACUUGCAACCUUUCGGUUACUAGUCCAACGCUCUAACCACUAGGCUACCCUGCCGCCCCAAUGUGAAUGCUCAGGUGAAUGAUGAGCUCCACUGCUUAUAAUAUCCUGACCUCAUAAGCCCAUUGGAAGACGAGGUGGACCAUAUUCCCAUCUAUUUUCUCUAGAUGUGGAAACUCCAAGUUGUACCAACUAGACAGUGUUCUAUAGGCGUAAGGUCUUGGUCAGGUUGUUAUUGUAAAAGAUGUGUUCUCAUGACUUACCUGGUUAAAUUAAGGUAUUGUCAACCAGGGACCUUACUGCUUGCACUUGAACUGAGAACACUUGAACAUUACUCAUCUCUUGGGAGAGCGGUAUAUCUACAACUAGUGUGUUUACACUUUUAUUGAAGUCAAACUCAACUUGAGGAAUGCAUGGUUCUCUGCAUCUGGAUUUUGUACGUAAAGUCAGUCUUGUAACUUUGCUAUGUGUUUCAUGUUAUACCUGUGAAUGAGUGUGUGUGGUCAAUGUGUGUUUAUUAAUGAAGACCUGACUGUAAACUCGGUGACGAGGGGAGCAGGUUUGAUAUCCAAACACACACUGCCUCAACAUACUCACCAUGGCCAGGUUGGCAGGAAGCAGGUGUGUGAGAGACAGGGUGCAAAGCACAAUAAACCCAUCACACCAUC